ACAAAUAAAAGAAUGGGGAACUAAACCUGUUGCAUACAAUAUUUCGACAAAAAAGACCGGAAUAAUUUUAUUCAAAACUAAUCAUCUUUACUAAAACCCUUAACAUAUUCUAACACAAGCCAAUAAAAAUCAUCUCUAAUGGAAAAAAAGAACCAAUCAAACGAAUCUUAAAUGGAAACUGCAAUCCUCCAAUCUCUAAAAAAAAACAAUAAUAUUCAAGAAAAAGACUAAUCUUCACAUAAUCAAAGUUCCAAUAAAGAUGAAAAAAGUAGCAUGAAAUAAACUAAUAACUAAACAAAAAAAAACUCUAUUACUAGUAAUACAUCUGGCAUUACAAAAGAAUUAUUAAUAACAAUAAAAAAACCUUACGACGAUUACUAGAAAUUAGCAAAUAUAGGCUAAGGGGCAUAUGGCUAGGUCCUAUUAGUUUAGAGGAAAAAAGACAAGAAAUUAUUUGCAAUGAAAGUAGUGAAAAAAGAAAAAGUGUCAGUAAAUAAAAAGAUAAUUGAAGCCACUUUAUUAGAGAAAAAGAUAUUGAUGAGGAGCAAUAAUCCUUUCAUAGUAAAGAUGUAGUAAUCUUUUUAAACAGAAACUAAGCUAUAUAUAAUAAUGGAAUACAUGUUAAAUGGAGAUUUAUAUUCCGUUUUAUAAAAAGCUAAGAAAUUCGAUUAAAGCACUGCGACAUUUAUUUUUGCGGAAGUAGUUUUAGGUGUUUAAUAUUUACAUGAAUAAUAAAAAUCUAUGUAUAGAGAUUUGAAACCUGAAAAUAUUCUAAUUGAUGAAAGUGGACAUAUUAAAUUAUCAGAUUUUGGAAUGGCAAAAGAAUUCGUAAAUAAUUAUGAUAAAGAAAACACUUUUUUAGGUACUCCUUAAUAUUUGGCUCCUGAAGUGGUUCUAUAGUAGCCCUAUGAUAAAAAUAUUGAUCUUUGGACUAUGGGAAUUUUACUUUUUGAGCUUUUAGCUGGUAAACCACCUUUUGGAAGUGGAGGGAUGAAAACUUUGUAUAGAGAAAUUGCCUUAAAUAAACCGAAAUUUCCUGAGUUUUUUUCACUUGAAGCUAUAGAUAUUAUAUAAAAAUUACUUCAAAGUAUUCCUCAUAAAAGAUUGGGAUGUGAAGGGAUUGAUUAAUUAAAAUAACAUAAAUUCUUUGAAAAUAUUAAUUGGGAAGUUAUUUAAUAAAAGAAAUUAGAAUCACCUAUAAAAUAGUAUCUUAGUUAUAAAAAGCCAGAGAAAAUUUAUAGAGAAUAAACUAUUAUGGAAAGUGUGAUUAAUACAGAUGGAAAAAAUAUUAAUUGUAAAAAAUAUAUGGGUUUAUUUCCUGAAUUUACUUAUAAUCCGGGGUCAAUUACUAUUUAAAAUGAAACAAAUAAUAAAUGAAUCAAUUUUUGUUUGAG